CGGCUGAAAACGGAGGGCUAAAGGAUGUUUGAACAUUGUUUACGGACAUACAAAGGAAUACGAUCAAUUUAGCUGCUGUUCCUGUCUCAGAGCGACUUGUUGUGAUUCCUCGGGCUGUUUCUCAAUGUCUGCGCAGUGUUUCUAAACGGGAGUAUGUAAUGGUGAAAAGUGAUCAACCGGACCUGGGUCACUGUCAAGCAGCUGGAUCUGUAAGGAAAGGCAGCCAGAGGAGAAGAGGGAAGCCCUGCGUUUGGAAGGAACAGCCCUGAAGAUGCUCCAGACUGGAAACUACUCAUUGGUGCUGCUCGUCCAGCUGACACUGUUGGCCUAUGACCUCUUUGUCAACUCUUUUAGUGAACUUCUGAGGGGAGCUCCUGUCAUCCAGCUUGUGCUUUUCAUCAUCCAGGACAUUGGCAUCCUGUUCAAUGUGAUCAUCAUCCUCCUGAUGAUGUUCAACACCUACGUGUUCCAGGUCGGCCUGGUGUCGCUGCUGUUGGAGCGAUUCAGGGCGCUGCUCUUCUUCUCCGCUCUUUACCUGACACUCAGCAUCUGCUUCCACGUUUGGGUCUUGAAUUUAAGAUGGCUCGACUCCAACAGAUUUGUUUGGACAGAUGGCCUUCAGGCUCUGUUUGUUUUCCAGAGAACAGCGGCUGUGUUGUAUUAUUAUUUAUACAAACGGACAGCGGAGUACAUGGGAGACCCCAGGCUGUACGAGGACUGUCUGUGGCUGCGUGACGCCUUUGCCAGAGCACGUCAGUGAAGAAGGGAAAGCUUGGAGAGCAAAGAGAAGCCCAUACUGUAUUGCUACACAAGAUAUCAGCAUCACCAGCUUUUUUUUUAAUAACACAUUUCACACUUGGACAUUCUUUAUGCUACAGAGCAUAUAUAACAAAACAACGGGUUGAUGUUCAACUCUGAUGGAACUCACAAACUCAAAGUGUGUUUGUUUGUUUGCUCUUGAGAGCCAAGCAGGCAGCCGGUUAAAAGGUUUACAAUGGGAGGUAAGCCAAGCAUGGCAUGUCCAGUAUUGUAUUAAUCAGGAUUGAGUCUGGUAAUCUAUGUGGCCUUGUAGACCAGUUUGACUCGCAGACAGAAUGCCACACACUGAAAGGAUGUCAAAGGACUGUUGUGAAUUGCCUCCCGUGCCAGAUUGGUUUUGAUCUGUACCCACAAACAAUAUUCAAAAAUGUGUGGCAUAAAAAAAAAUCUAUUGUGGUCUACACAGUUUGAUUAUAUUGCCUUAUGUAACUUUAGUAUGUGUCUGUUUACAUGGCAAUUUCUUUUUAUUGAGCCAAUUUUCAUGUGUACCUUGUUGUCUUUGAGCGGGGAUCUUUAAGUUGUGUUCCCGCUGUUUUUAUUAAAUAAUCCUUUUCUAAUUCCGGUGUAAUCCUUCAUCACUAGGGUAGUCGGUAUUAUCCUGGCGACAAGGUGAAACAGACUGCUCUAUUUUUAACGCAAAGAUUAAUCAGGGAUUGAGGUUUAAGGCGCUGCUAGUGAAAUGUACCACAAAUAGCCUUUAGUGUGUCAAAAUAAACCCGCUCUUCACAAGCUGUCAACAGGUUACGUGGCAGCGCACUUCGGGUUUGGUUUCUCAAAAGUCUACAUUUUAUAUAACGGUAAAUC